GUUGAUCAAGAAAGUUUUCAAGAAAAUUGUGCCUGACCCGAGAAUGGCUAAAUCAUUGUGUUAGUGACCGCCAAGGUAACCUCCAGCUAUCUAAUGGUCGUCAAAACAUGUACGUAUUGAGAAGUGAAGAACGGAUGAAAUGUGCCAAUUCAGUUCUUCAGGUGCUAAUUUGUAUUACUACUUUUUUUCUUACAGUGUGGUCUUAACGUUUUCAUUGUCACUUUUUACUUUAUUUUACAUUGCAAACAUUGCACCGACACAAAAUUGUUUGAUUUUCUUCCUGCCGCCACUCAACGGUCAGCCAGCUGUCGGCGUUUCGUUAACCGCACGGACUCGACAUUACUGCGGAAUACGCGCCGCGAGAUAAAGCGCUUGCCCAGUACAAAUUCGCUA